UCUGCUUUCGAGAAAGGCGGGAACGAGAACAGAACCCUAAUCACCUUUUUCUCGAAUUCCACCAUGGCUAUAUGAUUACAGUAGUCCCCUUCGUGUCUCUUCGUUUCCUUUUCCCUCUCCUUAUAAAUCGUUCCACUCUCUUCUUCCGAGAACAACCACAGUAUCUCCUCUACAACCACAGUUACAUUUUGAGAACAACAAUGCCGGUCGUUGCUGAGUACGCGAAGUCGAAUCGAUCGUCGUGUAAGUCAUGCUCGAAAAAGAUAGCUGUGAAAUCGCUUAGGUUAGGGUUGAUUAGCAAAGGACCUGGCGGGGUUGACAUGACCAGGUGGCACCAUUUCGAUUGUUUUCCGACUGAUUCGGAAUCGAUUGCUUCCGUUGAUGAUAUUCAAGGCUUAUCCGUUUUAGAGAAAGAAGAUCAGGAUGCUUUGACGAAAUUGGUGGAACAAGGUGGUCAAGAACCUGCUAAAAAAUUAAAGCAGCGUGAUGAGAAGAAGGAAAAGGUUAAGAAGCCUUUAGUUGGGCCGAAGAGGUUUAACGAGGCGACAACUUCAAAAGUUAUUGCUGAUUAUGCGAAAUCGAGCAGGUCAUCAUGCAAGAGGUGCUCUCAGACAAUCGUUUCAAAGGAUCUGAGAGUGGGGCUGGUGACUAGAGACGCCAGGGGAUUUGAUGUGACAAGCUGGCAUCACUUGGGUUGUUUUCCCAUUGAUUGGCAUCCGAUUGAUUCUGUGGAGGACGUUGGUGGAUAUUCAUCCCUUGAGAAAGGUGACCAGAAAGAAUUACAGCAAUUGGCCGAACUAAGCGGGAAGGACACUUUGAUAGAUGAUGUCCAGAAGAUGGAUGAAGGUGAUGAUGAAUCUGUAGCUGAUAAUGAGCUAACGGAGGAGACAAAAAAAGGAAAACAUUCCCAGGUUGCAAAAUUGGUGGAACAACCUGGCGAGCCUGCAAAAGAACAGGUCAAUGAGGAUGAAGAGAUAAAAAUGCCUGCAUCUGAUGAAAUAAGUGGGCAGAAGAUUAAGGAGACGACAGGUUCUCCUGAUUCUUCAAAAGUUAUCUCUGAGUAUGCGAAAUCGAGCAGAUCAACUUGCAAGAAGUGCUCUCAGACUAUCGCUGCAAAGGAACUGAGGUUGGGCCUGGUGACCAGAAACUUCCGUGGCUUUGAUAUGACACAAUGGCAUCACGUGGGUUGUUUUCCUGUUGACUCUGAUCCCAUUAGUUCUGUAGAGGACGUUGGUGGAUUUUCAGAACUGCAGAGUGGUGAUCAGGAUGCUUUAAAGGAAUUGGUCCAACAAUGCGGGAAGAAGACUUUGGUAGAUAAGAUGGAUGAAGAUAAUGAUGAAUCUGAAGCUAAGAAUAAGCUAACUGAGGAGACAAACAAAAGAAAACAUUCUGAGGUUGGGGAGAUAGUGGAAAAAGAUGAAUCGCUAACUAAAGCAAACCAACAUAAGGCUAAAACACAUAAGGUGAAUAUCAGUGAGUCGACUUCUCAGGUCGAGGUCGAAGCAGAAAUCUCUCUUUCAGCUUCUGAUGUGAAGGAUAAGUACAGGGAUGCCAAUCUAUUACCAAAAUGGAAAGCUUUUGAGACAGUUAUAUUCCUUGAGCGGGAUGAUGGUCUUAAUGAUUCAGAGAAAAUAGCUGCAUUUGAUUUUGAUGGAUGCCUUGCAAAAACAUCUGUGAAAAUAGUAGGGGCAGAUGCAUGGUCCCUAAUGUAUCCUUCCAUUCCUGAGAAACUGCAAAGUCUGUACAAUCAAGGCUAUAAGCUGGUCAUUUUCACAAAUGAAUCCAACAUUGAUCGAUGGAAGAACAAGCGGCAAGCUGCUGUAGAUUCGAAAAUCGGACGUCUCAACAGUUUUAUCGAGCGCGUGAAGGUCCCCAUUCAGGUGUUUAUAGCCUGUGGAGUCUCAAGUUCUGGUGGUAAAGGUAGUAAAGAUGACUUUUACCGCAAACCCAAGGCUGGAAUGUGGCAACUCAUGAAGAAGCACUUUAACUCUGGAAUUGCAAUUGAUAUGGAUAAAUCCUUCUACGUUGGGGAUGCAGCCGGAAGAAAAAUGGAUCACAGCGACGCUGACAUCAAAUUUGCACAGGCGAGUGGGCUAAAGUUUUAUACCCCGGAGGAAUACUUUAUCCCCGCAAGUACAUCGGCAGGGACUUAGCUGUACCAAUCUUGUGCCUAUGUUUGCACUUUGCAACUUCUUUUGCUUUUUUUUUUUUUUGUGUUCAAACUAAUAAUAUGCUUUUGUAAUCAAACUAGUAGUAUUCUUUUGUGAUCAAACUAUCAGUAUGUGUUUAACACUCUUUUGUAUAUUACUGAUACUUAAGUGUCAACUAGAGCUUCUUGAACCAGGAAAAA